AUGCCACCAAAGAAGGACAAGAAGGAUAAGGGAGCCAAGGGCGGAAAGGAGGAAGCCCCAGAGGAAAAUCAGUUUGACGGGCUCUCUAUCGAUGUCAAAAAUAUCAAAACGAUCGUGCUUAAUUUAUCGACGGCAGAGGAAGAUGUUCUUGCUCGAUGUUGUCAGGCUUGCUUCAAUUAUGCAAUGAAAGGGCCGGAGAAGAGUGUUGACUUGAUGAACUUGGGUGCUCUCUCCUAUUUGCGAAAGCUGAUAAAUCACCCAGAUGUUCCGGUGCGUCGAAACGCUGGAAUGGCCUUUGGCAUGAUGAGCGGCGUCCCACAGAUCAGAGAUUUUCUGGCGAAAGAGCAAGACACUCUCAUCGUUGAUUUAACAAAACUGGUCCAAGAUGAAGAUCCUAUCGUCGCCGAAUUCGCUGUGGCGACAAUCGCCAACUUGUCUACUCGAUACAUGCUCAAGGAAUCCCUGGUCGAGGCACAGUCACUCCCACACAUCGUCAAGCUCGUCAGCUCAUCCGACCCCGACACAAAGAAGCACGCUCUUGUCACGCUCAAGAGUCUUUGCAACGAUCCCGAAGUUUUGGCUGAGCUGGGGCCACUCGACGCCGUGCGAGUUGUUCUCGACCAGCUGACUUCCGAGUUCCCGCUCAUUCAGCAGCUUUCGCUCGAAGUUGUUUACUGCCUGUUGCAGGAGAAUGUCUCGCGGAACACGGUUACAAGCGGCCCGCUCCUGGAGAACUUCGUCUUUUUCAUCGAAAAUCACGAGUUUUCCGAUCUUCACUGCUACGCCUUACGAUGUAUCGGCACUUGCAUGAAGGACCCCAAGGUCGUCCAGAAUUUCAAGGAAACUGGAAUGCUCGUGCGAGUCAUUGAGGCGAUCAAACUUGCUGAAGGAAAUUUCUCUGAUGAAACUUCAAUUUUCUUCUGCAACAUGGUCGCCAAAUUCGGCAAAGCGACGGAAGAAGCCGGCUCAGCAGUUCUCCGACCGUUCAUUGAAGCAAACAUCAUGGACCUUGUCGUCAAAAUGCUCACAUUAGCAGACCCUCUGAAGUGUGCUUCUUGUCGAGCAAUUCGAACGCUCGCUAUUGAGCCUAGUUUCCGAGAUAUCGCCUCGGACAAUGGGCUUAUGCUCAAGCUGAUCGGAUUGUUGAAUGCCGAAAAUAUUGAGGUCCGUCGAUUUGUUAUCCUCGCCCUUGCCCAACUUGUUCACUUUCACCCAAAGAACCGAGGCAUCAUCUUCACCAAUGACGUCAUCAGAACGGUCCUUCCGAUGAUGUCAAUCCAAGACGAUGACCUCGUUGUUGGCAUUCUCUCGCUCUUGACGAGCAUCAGCAACGAUGACCAAGCUCACCAAGAAGCUAUCGAGUGCGACAUAUUUUCAAAGAUUCGAGAUAUGCUUCCACGAACUAGAUCUGCUGAUAUUCAUCGUCGAUCGCUUCAGACUAUUACAUUGUACGCUCGCUGCGCAAAGACACGCGACAAUUUGCUCAAAGCAAACCUAUUGCCGUAUAUAAUCAAGCUUCUGAGCUCCCGCGAUCGUCAAACACGCAUAACCGCUUCAAAUACGAUCGUCAGCCUGUGCAAGGACUCAAACUUUGCGACCAAGAUCGUCGAUGCUAAUUGUCUCGCUGAAUUACAAAAGGUCAACUUGGAUCCACAUUUGAAAUCGAAUGCUAGUCGAUGUUGUUUUGAAACUAUUCUGGAUUUUCAUCUGCCCGCGAAAUUGGCGCUUCUCGGAAUUCUUCACCAGUCUGAUCACAUCCCAACGGGCUUCUAUUACACUGGAAUUGUCGCUCCAGAUGCCUUGUUUGAGCCGCUAGAAGCCUUGGAAAAUGAGAAAAUAAAUGAUAAAAGACCAACUUUGCUUAUAAAUUUCGAGAACAACGAAGAAUCAGAUGCAAAAGAAAUGGAUGACGAGGCUUCGCAAAAAGAUCUUUCUUCAACUCCUGAUGGCUCAAGACAAAAACGAUCGAAAUCAUCGAAGAAAGACAAAUCAAAGGAAUCAAAAGAGACGAAAGAACCAAAAGAACUCAAAGAAGUUGAAAAAGACCACAAAACUGAAAGAAUCGCAUCGUCAAUGAAAUUAGUAUCAAGUGCUUCAAAAAUUUCUGUCGCCUCUGAGGUCGAAGAAAGCUCCGGAAUCGAUGAUGCUCUUUCCGAUCUGAUUGAAACCGCUAAAUCGCUUAUUUUGAAAGAUGAUAGCUACGAGACCCAUGUACGCGUUCUUGGCGAGCUGGUGGCCAAAACUUUCGGUGGUGAAAUCUCCAAACAGCAAGUGCGAAAAAUCGGAUACGAAAUGCACAUUGUCGAGUUGAAACGAGCCAGAGCCUCAAAUGUCAUUCCUCUUGGAUCGCUCAAGCUUGGACUUUAUCGUGAACGCGCCCUUCUCUUCAAGUUGCUCGCUGAUCUCACCGGAGUACCAGCGACUCUAGAACUCGGUGACUAUGGCCGCGCAUGGAACUCUGUUCAUCUCAACAACUACUUGCACAUUGUGGAUCUGAUGGAAAGCCCUGGAAGUGUAUUGAAAGAUGGCUCGGCCGAGUUCAUCGACUACCUCGAACUGUGA